ACUGGAUGUGAUAGUUAUUGCUGAAGUUGAAAAUAUAGAUGAAGUAUCUUUACUGAAACUUGAGCCAAAAAACAGAAUUGUGGAUGAAAUUACACUUGAUGAGGCAGUGAAUGAAGGUGCUGAUAUUGAAGAAGAUAUAAUUGAGGAAGAGAUCAAGGGUGACAGAGAAACUGGAGUUGAAGGAGAAAGCGAAGAUGAUAAUGAUAACAAUAAGGAGGAAUUUUGAGAGGAGUCAGCAGAAGAUAAGGAUAAAAUUAUGAUUGAAGAUGAUAAUGAGGAAGAACUAAUGGUGGAGCUUGAAGAUCCAAGAGAAAAAUUAGACAAUGAAGAUGAAGAUAUUAAAUGUGAUAAGGAAGAAGAAAUUGAGUUAGGAAAGGUGACAAGCAAGGAAAGUGAAUUAGAGGAGAUAUAAUAUAAAGAAAAAGCUGAAGAAGCUGAAGAAGAAACCAAGGAAGAAAUUGAAGAAGAAUCUAAGGAUGGGCUUAACAUUGAAGAAGAUUCAGAUGAUGAGCUCAACGUUGAAGAAGAUCCAGAUGAUAAAACUGAAGAAACAAAAGAUAAAAUGCUGGAUGAAACCAAAGCUGAAGAAGAAGCGAAAGAAAUUAAAGAAGCUGAAGAAGCGGGAGAAAAAGUUGAGGGUAGGCUUGAUGUUGAACAAGAAUCAGAUGAGACCGAAAAAGUUGAAGAAGAAAAUGAGAACAAAACGGAAGAAGAAACUGAAGAUAAAAGUGAAUGAGCAGAAGAAGAAACUUAGGAUGAUAUCAAGGAUGAGGAUGACAAAGAAACUGAUGAAUAAACUGGUGAUGAGACUAAAGAGAAGACUGGAAGAGAAGACUGGGGAUGAAUUUAAAUCAGAUGAACUACUAAAAGAAGAAGAAAAAAAAUUUGAAGAUACAGAAGAAGAAGAAGAAGAAGAAGAAGUGGAAUUACAAAGUUGGUUUCAACAAUAGAUGGGUCCAUCUGAUUGUUCAGCACAUACGAUAGAGUAAUCAUAACUCUUUGCGUAACUCCACUCAGAACAUUUUCCAGUUUUAUCUUUUUGACCGGUAUUUUGACACCAAUUAAAUUGAAUUUGAAAUGGUUUUAUACAAUAAUCAUUGCCGUAAGACUCAGCUUUUACAAUAAUUUCAGCAGACCAAUGGCAAGGAUCUGUAACAUCAUAAACUUUUGAAUUAUCACUGUAUAAAAGUUUCGUGCCAGAAUAACCAUCAGGAACAGUAAGACCGAUAAUCUUAAGUUCAGAGAUAGCAUCAGUGGUACCAGUAGCUGGACAGGAAACUUGAGAAUCAAAUGUAAGAGUGAUUUUGUAUGCAUCGCCAGAUAUAUGUUUUACGUUACUAUAAGAAAAGGAUUUUACCGGGAAAGAAUUAUAGGCACCAAAGUUAUAAUUUAGACAUUUG